GCAGCGCACCGCGCUCACCUCUCCUGGUGCGCACCAGCCCUCGAUUAACGCGCGACGCUCACUGAGACACAUCUACAGUAACCGAGAAGGAGUAAAAAAUAAAUAAAAGAAAGGACAUUAAUCGAGUUUUUUUGUUUUUACGUUUUUAUUUUCUUUUGCAAAUUGGGAAAAAGACAACUUAUACCUCAUUCAGUCAGUGUGAUGGACAGUGGAUGCAGAGUAGUGUUAUCUGACACUUUAAAGGCUCGAAUUCCUUUGCAUUUUUUCCUAAUAUUAUACGGCAUCAACUUACGCUGCGAACAUUAAAUCAGAAUCAUGGCUGACUACGUGAGAAAUGAGACAUCCAUCAACCCCGAGUGCGUUUUAGCGCAGGUCGACGCGCUGAAGAGCGGAGCGGGUAACGGGAGCUUGGAGGCAACAAACAUCGCCUGCGGCAACGCGUCCACACUCCUCAUACCUCAGCGUGCGAGGCAGAGAGAUGAAGACCACACACUUCGGAUCCUGCUCUAUUCGCUGAUCUUCUUCCUGAGUGUAUUCGGAAACCUGCUGAUCAUUGUUGUUCUAACGGUCAACAAGCGCAUGCGCACCGUGACCAACACCUUCUUGCUGUCUCUUGCCGUCAGUGACCUGAUGAUGGCCAUCUUCUGCAUGCCCUUCAACCUCAUCCCCAGCAUCCUUAAGGACUUUAUCUUUGGAGCUGCCAUGUGCAAGAUAGUCACCUACCUCAUGGGCAUAUCCGUGAGCAUCUCCACUUUUAGCCUGGUUGCCAUAGCAAUUGAGCGCUAUAGCGCCAUCUGUAACCCCCUGAAGUCACGGGUAUGGCAGACCCGUUCGCACGCCUAUCGGGUGAUUGCUGCCACGUGGGUGCUGGCCUUGAUCAUUAUGAUCCCCUAUCCGAUCAUCAGUCACCUGGAGUCGUUUCCGCGCCGUGACAACACUACAGCACACCGGUGUCGCCACAAGUGGCCUGUCGCAACUGCGGAGCAGACCUGGUACAUUCUGCUGUUGCUUGUACUGUUCGCCAUUCCAGGCGUGAUGAUGAUCGUGGCCUACGGUUUGAUCUCGAGAGAACUUUAUCGAGGCAUCCAGUUUGAAAUGGGCCAUAAAAAAGAUUCUUCAGAUGUAAAUGGCCUGACCUCUACUGUGUCUGCUGGCAGCGAUGAUGGAGACGGUUGCUAUGUGACUGCAGUCCAGCGGCCGCACACGAUGGAGAUGUCUGCAAUGGCUGCAUCAGGCAGGGCGAUCAAGGCAGAGAGGCCACGCAGCAACACAUCAGAAGCCAAGCUAGAGGCCAAAAAACGAGUCAUUCGCAUGUUGGUGGUGAUUGUUGUCCUGUUCUUUGUCUGUUGGAUGCCACUGUACUGUGUCAACACCUGGCGGGCUUUUGAUGAAAGCUCUGCCACACAGACGCUCUCAGGGGCCCCCAUCGCUUUUAUCCAUUUGUUGUGCUACACCUCCGCCUGCGUCAACCCGAUUAUUUACUGCUUCAUGAACACACGCUUCCGCAAAGCUCUGCUCGCCACGUUCUCAUGUUGCAUCGCGCCUUGCCAUCGGCGUCGUCAUCGUGGGCUUCGGGACAAUGAGGAGGACGCUAUGGCAACAGGUGCGUCCAUGUCCAAGUUUAGUUACACUACUGUCAGCACUAUGGGAACCUGUUGAGGGAAAUGGAUUCACAACAAUUCAAAAAAGACAGCUACAGAGGCAACACGAGACCCAACAUCCCCCCAGCUUUUUGUUUUUAACACGUGCUCAUAGGGACAUUCAUGUGAAGUGAAAAAAUAUGCCAUGUGAUGUAGCAGCAUAGAAGCUUCAUUUAUGACUGUGAAUAAAAUUAUAUAUCGAUUAUCUUAAGAAACCCAGUCUUAAGUGUGAAUACCUCCAUGGUUGGCUACAUGAUAUGUGAGACAGUCUUUAUAACUAAAUAGUAAUUAUGUAGCUAUAACAACAAACCCAUGAUUUGCUAUGUAACUUUAAAACUGUGUUUGAUGUUUUGCAGUCAGUUGCUGGUUGUCUGUGUUAAUGCUGAUAAUACAUUUGCCUUGUGGACAAAGUGCCUGCUUCUAAACUGAAUGGCCUUUAUUGUCAUUGUAAAUAUAUACAAGGAAACUGAGAUGUUACUCUGUGGUGUAACGUAAAAAAACCCCUAAAAUACAGGAUUAUAACUAAGACGUACAAUAAAAUCUAGGAUAAAUAAAGGUCUAAAAACCUGUAUAAAAUAUACAAAUCUGUAUGUACAUUAAUAAAUGAAGUGCGGGUGCAGAGGAGCCAGAUGGGUGGCACACUUUUAUUGUUUUUUCUCAUUUGAUUUUUAUUGCAUGAGAGAAGAAACUGAGCUAAAAGCCUGCGUGAGUGAAGUCCUUGAUGAUGUUGGCAACUCUGCUCAGGUAGCAUGAAUGGGCAAUGUCCUCCAGACGGGAGAGGGGGCACCCAGUGAUUUUCUCUGGAGUACUUUCAUAUCUGCAGCCUGCAUACCACGCCGACAUGCAGUAUGUUACCAGCCUCUCAUUUGUUGCCCAGUAGGCCACCAUCAGCAUCCUGUCCUUACAUUUUACGGUCCUCAGAUAUGAAGACCUCCAGAAACUUGAAUGUUUGUGCCCUUUCCACAUGAAGAGAGUUUUAUAGUUUGCUGACUAGAAUGUCUCUAAUUAUGAUAUCAAAUGCAGAGCUAUAGUCACAUAGCUCCCUCGGUGUUCUGGGUGGUUUAUUGCUGUGUGGAUUGCUAUGGCAAUUGCCUCUUCUGAGGAUCUCUUAGCUUUGUAAGCAUGUGGAUCAGGUGUGGGAGAGGGGCGGCUUUUAAUGUGAUGCUUGGCAAGCUUCUUGAAGCUUUUCAUAAUCACAGCCAUACAGUAAGUGCAAUGGAUCUAUAAUCAUUCAAGUCCACAGAGACUGGCUUUUUGGGAAAAGGAAUUAUAGUGCCUGACUUGACUUUUUCUAAUACCCCAGUGAGCUGGUUAGCACAUGCUUGGAGUACUCUCCUUAGCACAUGUCUGACCUUAGCAAAUAUCCCACAUCCUGUUCCUGCAGUGAGUCUGUUGUGGCCUCAAACUGGAUGAAGAAACCAUUUAGCUCCUCCACAGUGAUUCACAUUGAUUCACAUUCACAGUGAUUUUAUGCUGUAACCCUUGCCAAACCCUCCAGGAGCCGUUAUGUAUCAGGUGGUCCUCAGUCCUGCUCUUGAAGGCCCUUUUCAUCAUCUUUAUUCCACUCUUUUAGAUUGGCUCUUGCUCUGCUGUAACAGGCUUUGUCACAUGUUCUGAAGAAAGUGUUGUGGUUUUUGAAGAGUGUUUGGACAUUGCUUGUCAUCCACAGUUUGUGAUAUAAAAAAAGCAUUCCUCCAGCUUGGUUGAAUAAAUCCCAGGUUGUGUGAUCAAAGCAGUCCUGUAGCUGUGAUUGAGCCUCUUCGGGCUGUGAUCGUCUUCAUUCCUGACUUUGACUACUUCUAGCAGCAAAUGUUGCAAAUGUCACAUGCUGAUAGAAGUUGGGGAGUACUGUUUUAAGACACCAGUGGUUAAAGUUGCCCACAUGCGGGUGACUGAAUGGAUGCGCUGCUGUUUGAUAAUGAUGGCAUUAGCACCAGGUGGGAUGAAGACAACAAAGACUAUCACCACUGAAAACUAAAUAUUAUAUUUACCAAAUAUUAUUUUUCCUCUGACUAUUGAAGUUAGAAGUGUAGUUUAAAAGUUCUGGAAUGCUCUUAAGCUGCAAAUAUUCACCAGAUGUUAUAAAUUGCUACAUGGCAACUGAUAAAUGUGUGGGUUGUUAUGUGAUAUUCAUGUCAUGACAUAAAAAAAAAAAUCAAACGAAAAAAAAUUAUGUAAGCCCAAGCACAUAAAAGAUGUUUCUUUUAGAGAUGGUGUCAGUGGCUAUUGAAGGGACUGGACUUUUUGGAACUUCUGCAAUGGCUUAAUUUUUUAGCCCUGGAGUUUGCUGCUUGAUGUAAAUAUGGUUUAUCAAUAUCAUUGCAACUAAUGCUUAAAAUGACUAUAGCACCAGAUAUUGCUCCUAUUGCUGAACUGCAUUUGUAAACCAGUCUGUUAAGUGCAAUGUACAGGUACUUCCCAGAACCCUCUAUCUAUCUAUCUAUCUAUCU